AGAAGAGAGAAAGGGGCAAAGAGGCCUGGAAGAAAAGAUUAUGAAGAAGAAAAGGGAGAGAAAGAGGACUCAAAAUGAGGAGAAGAGAUAAGAGAGAGAAAGCAGCAGAAAAACAGGAAAGAGCGACAAAGAUAAAAGACAGAGUCAAACAAAAAGAGACAGUAAAAAAGAGGGUGAAAAAGAAAUAGGGUGCUGAGAGGAGAUGUAAGACAUACACAGAGAUGGCAGAGGUGGCAAUAAUAAAUGGAUUUUUGGAGAUUGGGGAAGGUAUUAAUUCUUUAACUCUGUUCACAAUGAUAAGCCCAAGACUCUAAACUCCAAAGAACCCAGAAAAAAAAUGUUGAUAGAAAGAAGCAAAAAGCUUUGCUAAUGGGAAGGGCUUUAUUCCAGAGGGCACAGAGUGUAAUGGAAGAAUGGAUUGAGUGGGAAAGGAAACAAAUAGUAAAUAAUAGAUGAGCUUUAAAAGAAGCUUCAGCUAGGAACAGAGGUGCCCUGGAAGGAGAAUUAGGAGAGGAAGCCAUCAAGUUUUCGAUUCCUUUUUUGUGCUAGUGGGCUGCCCCCAUCCCCAGUGACAGCUUGCUCAGAUUGGAGACUGCUUCAGGGAUGCUCCAGUCCUUGAUGCAUGUUCUAAAUGCCAUUGCUAUGCCAGACUCGGGGUCCUCUGGUGCCAAACCCUGGCAAUGAAACCAUUGUUCAGUUGGUGCAAGGAAUUCUGGGAUGUCUGAAAGUGACAUGAGUGGAAGGACUCUCGUCCCAUCUCUCUUUAAUGCCUUAUUGUCCCGAAAACUGGCUCUACAAGUCAGCUACUUGAAAAGUAAAGAAAAAGGAUAUGGAAAGCUAAGCAGUGAUGAAGACAUCGAAAUAAUUGUUGAUCAAAACCAGGUAGUAGGUGUAACCUUGAAGAAAAAGUGGCACUGUCUCCAAAAAAGUGACCUGACUCUGGCCUUGGGGAAAAGCUCUAGGGCAGCCGAUAAGGCUGUUGCCAUGGUGAUGAAGGAGAUACCGAGGGAGGAGUCUGCUGAAGAAAAGCCCCUCCUUACUAUGACAUCACAGCUGGUGAAUGAACAGCAAGAAAGCAGACCCCUUCUAAGCCCUUCCAUCGAUGAUUUUCUCUGUGAGACCAAAGCGGAAGCCAUAGCCAGGCCAGUAACAUCAAAUACAGCAGUAUUAUCAACAGGUUUGGAUCUCUUGGACUUGAGUGACCCUGUGUCACAAACCCAAAACAAAACAAAGAAGCUGGAGGCUACGCCAAAGAGCUCAAGCCACAAGAAGAAGGCUGAUGGUUCCGACCUUAUCAGCACAGAUGCUGAGCAGAGAGGCCAGCCUCUGAGAAUCCCAGAGACCUCCUCAUUAGAUUUAGACAUUCAAACACAACUGGAUAAAUGGGAUGAAGUUAAGUUUCAUGGAGACAGAAAUAGCAAGAGCCAUGCUAUGGCCGAGAGGAAGUCAACAUCAUCCAGGACUGGAUCAAAAGAACUUUUAUGGUCUUCAGAGAGUAGAUCUCAGCCAGAAUUGACUAGCGGGAAAAGUGCCCUCAAUUCUGAGUCAGCUCCAGAUUUAGACUUAGUGCCUCCAGCACAGGCUCGACUGACCAAAGAACAGCGCUGGGGAAGUGCAUUACUUUCCAGAAACCACUCCUUAGAAGAAGAAUUUGAAAGGGCAAAAGCAGCAGUAGAGUCAGACACAGAGUUUUGGGACAAAAUGCAAGCAGAGUGGGAAGAAAUGGCUCGAAGAAACUGGAUAUCGGAGAACCAAGAAGCCCAAAAUCAAGUGACAAUUUCAGCUAGUGAGAAGGGGUACUACUUUCACACAGAAAAUCCUUUCAAAGACUGGCCUGGAGCUUUUGAAGAAGGAUUGAAAAGACUGAAGGAAGGGGACUUGCCUGUCACUAUAUUGUUCAUGGAGGCAGCAAUCCUUCAGGACCCUGGGGAUGCUGAGGCCUGGCAGUUUCUGGGUGUAACCCAGGCAGAGAAUGAAAAUGAGCAAGCUGCCAUCGUUGCUCUCCAGAGGUGCUUAGAAUUGCAACCCAACAACCUGAAGGCUCUAAUGGCCUUGGCUGUGAGUUACACUAAUACUGGCCAUCAACAAGAUGCUUGCAGUGCUCUGAAGAAUUGGAUUAGGCAAAAUCCUAAAUAUAAAUAUUUAGUAAAGAAUAAAAAGGCAUCUCCAGGUCCAACCCGAAGGAUGUCUAAAUCACCAGUUGAUAGUUCGGUCCUGGAAGGAGUUAAGGAGCUGUACUUGGAGGCUGCCCACCAAAAUGGAGAGAUGAUCGACCCUGACCUGCAGACCGGCCUGGGGGUGCUAUUCCACCUGAGUGGAGAAUUCAGUCGAGCAAUAGAUGCAUUUAAUGCUGCCUUAACAGUUCGGCCAGAGGACUAUUCAUUAUGGAACCGCCUUGGUGCCACAUUGGCUAACGGAGACCGCAGUGAGGAAGCGGUUGAAGCCUACACCCGAGCUCUAGAAAUCCAGCCUGGCUUCAUCCGCUCCAGAUACAAUUUGGGAAUUAGUUGCAUCAACCUGGGAGCUUACAGGGAGGCAGUCAGCAAUUUCCUCACUGCCCUAAGCUUGCAAAGAAAGAGUAGGAACCAACAACAAGUUCCCCAUCCGGCCAUUUCUGGCAACAUCUGGGCUGCCCUCAGGAUUGCUCUCUCCAUGAUGGACCAGCCAGAGCUAUUUCAGGCAGCUAACCUUGGGGACUUGGAUGUUCUACUAAGAGCUUUUAAUCUGGAUCCAUGAAGAAGAGAUGAUUCUACCGCCUACCCAUGCCACUGGAAAAAUUACUUCUAAUGUCAUGCAAAUUGCAAAAAUGAUUUUAUUAUAAAUUUCAAAAGGAGAAGUCAGAUGUUCAAAUGACAUGCAACCCAAGGGAACCCCUCCCAACGCUGCCCAAUUUCCGUCCAAGUUCAAAAGCACAAAACGUUGUACAUAAUGUCAGGUUUGGAUUCAAAACAAGGAUAGAAAGAAAUAAGACCAAAUGAGAAGAUGGUGGAUGAGGAAUGGCUCUCACAAACUAAGAGUGUGUCAUAAGACAUAGAUGUUGGAUUUUUGGAUAGCCGACCAUUUGUCCAAGGAUCUAAACUCUUAGGUCAUCAGACCCACAUAGAAGAAAGCACUGCCUCAGGCCAUGGAAUACAGACUGGGUCUCUUGCUGGGUUCCCCAUAAUCCCUCUUCCUAGGAUACAUCCAGCUUGGACCAACAGGGCAUGUACACUGUGUGGGCUGGCAAUGGGGAAGGUAGGCAGCAUUCUCUGGGAUUGGUUUCCUUUCUAUUUGAUUCCAGAGUUGGCUUUGCAGGCAAAAGCAAGCUUUCUCUAUGAUGUAUUUUUUUUCUUUUCUGCUCCUAUCCCAGAGUGAGGUGGGGACAGGAGGAGGGGAUUGGGGGGGGGGAGGGAGGAGAGUAAAACUGUACAUAUGCACUUUAAUAUCUUAUCAUUUAUGCCUUGCCGGGCUCUUGGGUUGUUUUUCCACUUUUAAACCUGAGAGCAAAGGUUCAGAACACAGCCACAGUUGUUCACUCAGUGGACCAAAUACUCAUUUUUGACAACUAUUCCCAUGGUAUAGGGUUUGACAAAACGUUUUUCUUAAAGCAGACAUAACAGGCUAAAGGGAUCAGUUCAAGCAUAGACUUUCUUACUGACAUAAUUUCGAAACAUACACAACCUAGAUGUACAGAGCUUUAUUCCUUCAAGUACCUUUGACUGGCCUGAGCAAGGCUCUGGGGAGCAAGGGGGUGGUAUGCUAGUGCUGAAUUCACAAUUGUUGGGCUGGGGUUUUUUGGAGGGGUUGGGUGAGUAUUGGUUCAGACAUAUGAUUUCAUCACUGUACAAAAUUCCCUGGUAAGGAAUCCCCUGCCACCAGUGCAGAGGAGCAAAUGCUCUGCAUCUUAUAUCCUUAGAUAAUUGCCUAGGAGGUACUUAGAGGUCAAGUGACUGGCUUACACAGUCAGUAUGAAUCAGACAUUGAACUUGAAUCCAGGGCUUCCUGACUCCAAGACUAGUUCUCUUUCCAUUAUGCCAUGCUGUUUCUAUAACAUCUUAUCUAAAUGACAUCAUUGAUCUGCUUUGCUUCCCUGCAUGUCGGUGGUCAUUUUAAACUAUUAAUAUUUUAGGCUUGAUAAAUACAUUUUUUUCAACUAAAAAUUAAUAGUAUUGGUUUAGUUCCGCCUCGCUGGUGCUUCUCCCUGCCCUACACUGUAUUCUGCUGUGGGAUGUGGUGCCAACUUGCCCACACAGUUCAUAGGCUAUUCCAGCCAAAUCAUUGGAUGAAUAUAGAAUGUUCAUCUCUUGACCUUGGGCCUUAUAUUGGCAAGUUGCCCAAGUAUCAAAACUCUUCUUGAUACUUCUCAUUUACUGUGGAGAAGUUUCAUCUAAUUAGUAUAAGCUCUGUGGUCUCAAGAUCCUGGAAUAUACUUAGUUCCCUAAAGUCUUGUUGGAUUACUUUAUUGGUUGAUGUUUUUAAUUUUGUUUUAUGAAAAUUCAGAAAUAAUUUGAGAGCAAAUGUUCUGGAACAGCAUAUAUUCAUGUUUCCCACAGUCUUUUUGUCUCUUUCUCUGACCCUGACUUCACACCACCACAAAACAAUACCCAAAAUGAUAGUAGCUUUUUUCUUAUUAGUUCUGUCUGUCAGUUCAUGGUUAUCAAAUCCCACCAAAAGGAGCUACUUAAAAAAGGCCAAGAAAUUCACAAUUUGAGGUUUGUGGGAUCGUUUUGUCUAACAGCCUCAUUUUACAAAUGAAGAAACUGAGGCUAAAAGAGAGGAAGAGAUUCAUCAGCUUUGCAUAGUAGUCCACAGCAGGACUGGGAUUCAAACCCAAGCCUUCAUAUACAGCAUACAGAAAUAAAGAGAAGUGCAUGGCCCAAUCCCAGAUAACAAGCCUCUUCUCAGACUGUUGAAUAUUUUUAGAUUGGGUGGAUGGGUCAAAAGAAUAAAAAGUAUCAAAUAUGAAUAUGAAAUUUCAGAUCAUGAAAUCAUAGCUAUAAAGGUGGGAAAGAAUUUUAAAAUCAUCUCAUCCAAUCACUUCAUUUUAAGAGAAGGUCCAGGAAUUUAAAUUAUCUAUCCAGGAUCACACUGAUUAUAAGUGACCAGAGCUGAGAUUUGAACCCAAAUCUGAAUCCAAUUUUAUCUCUCUUUUCACUGUCUUAAGUCAGAAGUGAAACAAUUUUGUAGUGAGAAGUAAGUGGAGAAUGAAGAUGAAAGGAAAGACAGAGUUUACCAGUUCUUGCACACUGGUAAACAUGAUCCCAAAGCCCUUUACUUGCUUACAAUCUAUAGAACUUAUAAAUUCUUAGAGUUCGUUUUUGUUAAAAUCGACAUUCAUUUGAGAUCACAAACCAGUCAAGGGAAUCAUCACCUGGAAGUAAACAGUUUGUGAUUUCAGAUUUGAUGACCACACACAGAAUCAACACAGGAUGAUGGCAGGCCAGUGACAUAGGCAACGAUAGGGAGGAAAAUAAAAGACAAGAUAUAAAAGGAGUGGAAUUACAAUAAAAGGAGAGAGAGAGAAAAAGAGGGAAAGUGAGGAAAGAGAGAAGGAGAAAGAGAGAGGAGGGGAGAGGGAGAGAUGGAGAAGGAAAGAGGGAAGGAGAGAGGAAGAGAGAGGGAGAGGGAGAGACAAAAAAACCCUACCUGUAGCAGAAAGCAACCAACAGUUAUCUUUGGUGCACAAACUGCCUGGUCCUAAAUUAAUCCACCUCCCUUCUCUAGACAAAACCACACCGUUCCAUAUAGAUAGGUUUCUAUUGUACAUUUUAACAGCUACCAAAAAAGUUUCCCCAUCUUCACAAUCCAAUAUUUGUCCAUCCGUUCUGUAAGGAAGCUCUUCCUUUAUUUAGACUAUUCAUAAUGUAGUAGAAUCACAGAUCACGAACAUUGGAACCAUAGAAAUCAGCUAGUCCCCAUCAUUUUAUAGAUGAGGAAGCUCCAAUAGGUCAUUAGUAGCAAAGCUAGGACCUGAGUCCUCUGGCUCCAAAUCUAGCAUUGCUGUCCAUACAAUAUGCUGGUUUUUUAAGAGAAAGACCACUUAAGUACCCCAAAUUCUGUAGGUUUUAAGCCUACCAUUGCAAUUACUUCCAUUGUGAUACUGUUCUUCAAUUUAGAAGAAAAUUGAAAUCUUAAUAAUUGCUACAUGUUAUGUCUGAAGCCUCUGAGAGCUACAUGUUCACGGUAAAAUUGCUGUGAAGAAUGGAUUUCUACUGCUUUAUUUCAUUUGUGAAAGUUGAGAUAAUCAUGAGUUUUCAGGAUCUCAAAGUGUUUUGGUAUAAAGAUAAAAUUAUUUUAAAUUGGAAGAGAUUAUGGAUUCAGAUUCUUGAUUUGGAGAUUGUAGACUCAGACCUCCAAGGGACCCUAGACAUUAACAAGGAUAAUCUUUCAUUCUAUAGUAAUAGAUCGAUCUGCUUUUACCAAUGGCUUGAUGAUUGUAGAAACACCCUGGCCUAAAUUUAUCCUUUGUUCACAAAACACAGGAAUUUUAGAGAACUGUACCUAUUAGGCUAUAUGAGAGAGACACAUGUUCAAAUUCUAUUUUCCAUGUAAUUCACAUAGCAUAUGGCAAGUAUUUACAGAAUCCAAGAAUAACCUAAAAUUAAGUACAAGACAUUACCAUGAGCUUGGCUAUAUGCAUAGCCUUUUAAAAAUGUAUAUUCAUGGUCUUUUUAAAACCAGAAAUAUCUUCGACAUGAGAUUCAUGUAGGGUAGCAGAGUGUCAUUCAAAUUUCUAUUCUUUUUGAAAGGACAAGUUCUUGAGCCCUGAAUGUCCUUCCGAUUGGAGCCAGGAUUCCUGAAAAGAGGACCUUAUGUUUGGGUGGCUAUUAAUGUUUCUAAGCAUAAUAGAGGACCUCAUCCUGAAGGGUAUUAUUUGGUCCUACUCAGACCAUGGAAUAGUCAGUCCCCUGUGGUUGCUUCUGAGUGCUGAAUGUAUUAGUUGCUUGAAGAGAAAAUUUAGAGAAUGUUUGUAGAGUGUGCUGAGUCUUUUGUUAGAUCUAGUUGGAGUGAAAGUUAUUUGUGCUCCUUUUAAAGUAUUUAACAAUUUCAAGUAUUUACCAAUUUGAAUUAUUUACCAAUGUUGUGAUAAUAUUGAUCAGGAAAGAGAAAGAAAAACCAAAGAAAGAAGAGAGUGAAGAGGGAUAAGAGGAAGAAAAAAUAGAACAAGAAUAAAAGAAGGAAUGAAUGAGAAAAAAAUAAGAACAG